AUGGAGCCGGCUUCUAAAGCGCAAACCCGUAAAGCUACCUCGGCCACGGAUCAAGCCCCCCGAAAGAGACGCAAACGAACGGUCGUUACUGGCGCAGCAGAGGACUGCUUCACCUGCGCCCGACAAGGGUUCUCCUGUGAUCGGCGACGCCCUUAUUGUUCUCAAUGUCUUGAUCAUGGACGGGAAUGUUCGGGUUAUAAGACCAAAUUGACCUGGGGUGUUGGGGUUGCUAGCCGGGGUAAGCUUAGGGGAUUAUCGCUUCCGGUGAGCGGGUCACAACCAGCUGCGACACCGUCAACAGCACCAUGUCCAGCAGGCCCACAAGAAUCACCGUCGAUAUCACCAUCGCCUUACAAGUCUACACCCUCUCAUACGACUUCAUCAACGACUCCACCUGUGCCCCAGGAUCAACAGCGGCCUCCAUUGGCAUCUAAAGCCCAUAGGAACAUAAUAUGGACGACUAACGCCUCUAACACCCAGCCAUGGCCCACUGGAACUCCACUCUCAGUGCACCAUCGCCCGUGGAGUAAAAUGGGUACUCACGAAACAGCUGUCUCAAAAGGCAUACCGAACCUCGAUGUACGGCCACCGUUCCAGGAGAGACCAGACCUACCCACGGGUUGUCACCAUGCGAUAAGCACAACAGAUAUGUGGUCUAGUCAGCCGCAAGUGCUAUCAACCAUCCCACCAUGGCCAUGCUCAGGGAACGCCCCGGAGGCUGAAGCAACAGAGGUAGUUGAGGAACAGGACGAGCGAGAAAGUACAGACAGUCCUCCUCUACGCGCAGAAACUUGCCAUUCGCCGUCACUAUCGCAGCUGCUUCUAGCACGCUCUGUUGGACGUACCCCACGACUCCGAUAUCUAAUCAGCUAUUAUGCCGAAGUCAUCGCGCCCAUGAUCGUUGCUUUCGAUGGCCCAACAAACCCAUUCCGCACAUAUUUUCUACACCUCGCGCAGGAGAGCGUAUCGCUUCAGGAAGCUAUCGCUACGUUAUCUACAUGUAACAUACGGCAGAGGCAUGAGCGGAGGAUGAGGCCGACGGAGCGGUCCCUUCCAGCACGUCUAUCAUCGUUAGCUCACCGCGCCUUAACUGACGAGGCGUUCCGAGAUGAGUACGGGGGGUCAAGACCCGAGGGAUUUACUCGGGAGGAGCAAUACCAUCGAGGCAUGGCUGUCAAAGCUUUGAAUAUGGAGUUGGCUGAUCCGCGUGAAAGACUUUCGGAUUCCGUCCUUGCCACACUGCUGGUUCUUUGCCUGUUUCAUAUGUGUGAUACUGGCGUCGCUCAAUUUAAAACCCAGUUCGCUGGGGUAACGAAGUUGUUGGCCAUCCGAAUGCGGAGCUCGCCUCGAAUGUCGGAGGAGUUGAAAUGGUUCAUUCGUGUGUUCACAUGGUUUGAUACGAUGACGGCUACCACCAAUGAUCGCGAAACACAGCUUCGCGGUGCUUGCUUAGAUAUCGCAGCGGUUUCAGAUGGCGAGUGGGGGCUGGAGAAUCUUGCAGGUUGUGACCCCAGCCUGUUCAAAUUCAUUGCGCAGCUCGGUCGUUUGAAUCUUUUGAGUCAAGACCACAAUAUCAAAGCACCGGGGCUUGCGGAUGUAUUUGUUCCGUCUUCGGCGCCUCCACCAUCGAUGACAUAUCACUAUUCGCCUUCUUCGUUGAUGUCAGACAUACCUGCAGUCAGCAACACUUAUUCGCUUCCGCUACCCUGUCUACCGCAAUCGAGUGACCCUACAAGGCGACCAUCAUCGCCAACGUUUUGGGCUGAGUGGCAUUCGUUACGGCAAAAGCUUGAAUCAUGGCGUCUUCCACGCCAGGAUAGUCAACAUAUUGGUGCUGUCCCCGCGUCUACAACAAAUGCCUACAUCUCGCCACCUUCAUCCCCGUCAUCUCACGCCGUUGUUACUCAUCAAAACCUCGAGGAUGUCCUUCAUAUUUCCGAAUCAUUCCGUCAUUCCGCGAUUCUCUAUACCGAGCGACUUGCGUAUCCAGAUUUGCCCUCCACUCAUCUUCGUAUUCAGUCGCUCGUGCACCGCGCGAUGCAUCAUAUCUCACUAGUUAAGUCGGACGUGUACCUUUUGUGGCCGCUUUUUAUCACUGGUGCUGAGUGUGUGCUUGAAAGGCAUCGUACAUUCAUCAGAGAGCGAUGCAAGGACCUUUCCAAAGAUUCUGGAUUUCUAAAUAACCUCUCAUGUCUUGAACUGCUAGAAAAAAUAUGGGCAGAAAUCCCCGCCGCAGCCGAUGUUGGCGAUAAUACUGAUCGUGCAUCACGUGGCACAUACUCUGGCCCAUCGGGAGACGAUGUGUCCACCUUUGGUGAUAAUUCGCCUCCUUAUAGCGAAAUGUCGGCGUUUCCGAUCCAAGCACUGGCUGCGAGACCACAUGGAUUCCGAUGGCACCGGGUGAUGCAGGCCAAACGGGCCGAAGGGGAAUACAUGGUAGUGUGA